AUGAGUGACCAAUUAGACUUAAUAAUUGGUCAAUUACAAGAAGAAGUUGAACAAUUUACGGCGGAUCUUGCACGUGAUGAUUCAGAAAGCAAUAAAAUAACGGAAAAGAAUACUGAUUUAGACAUUGAAUAUUUUCAAGAAGAACUUUCUAAAAUUAGUUUAUCUUUAAAAUUAAAACGUUCUCCCACAAAUCAAUCUACAAUAUCCACCACAAAUAAAUCCUCAGCAACAGCUGAAACGACAUUACCACCACAACGACAAUCACUGAAUCAUAAUAACAAUUCUGUCUC